AUGGAGCAAGGCAAGAGUGGUCGUCCGGAGAGAUGUGGAGACCCGCCGGGCCUCCGCAGCCACAAAGGAGGAGAAGAUGAGUACGUUCAGGCUUGUCUGCGUGAAUGCAAAGCAGAGAUCAAAUUGCAAGACAUAGAUAAGAAGGCAACGGCACUCCUUAAGCUGAUAUACUUGGAGAUGUUUGGUUACGACAUGUCAUGGGCAUCGUUUCAUGUCCUGGAAGUCAUGUCAUCCCCGAAAUACCUACAGAAACGAGUGGGAUAUCUUGGGGCUGUUCAAAGUUUUCGACCAGACACUGAAGUUUUGAUGCUGGCGACCAACAUGCUAAAAAAGGACAUAGUGUCGCCCAAUAUCCUCACCCUGUCACUGCCACUGGCUACGCUACCACAUAUCACUACCCCCUCGCUUGCCAUGUCAUUGCUUCCUGAUAUCUUAUCUCGUCUCUCCCAUUCAAGUCCGGUUGUCCGAAAAAAGUCUAUCGUGUGCCUCUACCGAUUGGCUCUAGUUUAUCCAGAUGCCCUGAAGCUAGCGUGGCCGAAGAUCAAGGACCAUCUCAUGGAUGAACAGGAAGACAGCAGUGUGACAACUGCAGCGAUAAAUGUUGUGUGUGAGCUUGGCUGGAGGCGGCCUCACGAUUUUCUUCCUCUUGCCCCCCGAUUAUUUGAGCUCCUCGUGGAUAGUGGCAAUAAUUGGAUGGCAAUCAAAAUCAUCAAGCUAUUCGCUACUCUGACUCCGCUAGAGCCACGACUGACCCGCAAGCUCCUGCGCCCGUUGACGAAUAUAAUUCAAACCACGACGGCCAUGUCCCUACUCUACGAGUGUAUCAAUGGCAUCAUCCAGGGAGGCAUUCUCGAUGGUGAAGAUAAUACUGAAGAGAGAGACGAAGUUGCGGGCCUCUGUAUCGGAAAGCUGCGGGGAAUGAUUGUUAUGGAUUCCGAUCCUAAUCUCAAGUAUGUGGCACUCCUUGCAUUGAAUCGUAUCGUGACAACCCAUCCCAUUUUGGUGUCCAUGCAACAAGAUGUGAUUUUGGACUGUCUGGACGAUUUAGAUGUUUCUAUUCGGCUCCAGGCCCUGGAGCUUGUUGCUGGUUUAGUUACCAGCGAUUCCCUCCAAAGUGUUGUGAAUCGACUUGUUGGGCAGCUUCAACUGGCAGUUUCAGAAGAUGGGCCUGAUCCCGAGGUAACGUCUGGCCCGCUUGAUACGGACGACUUUGAGGGUUCCAAAGGUUCAAAUAACGUUAUGGAUACACCCAGCAUGCCGAACAACUAUCGAUCCGAAGUUAUUCAUCAUAUUCUGGAUAUAUGCUCACAGAGUAACUAUUCUAAUGUGGUUGAUUUUGAGUGGUAUGUCGGUAUUUUGAUUCAGUUAGUCAGGCUUCUUCCGCCAUCAGAUACGCUCGAUCCCAUUCCCGACCACUCUACGGGAGGCCAGGAAGGCUUCAUUGGAACUGGCUGGAGGGCCACUGUCGCGUCACGCAUCGGAUCCGAAAUGCGCAGUAUUGCUGUCCGCGUGAAGGGGGUGCGGCUGGAGGCCACCCAGGCAGCGGAGUCUCUGCUGCUUAUCGAUAAUAGGCUGCUGUUAUUUCCUGCCUCUUCGAAUGUCGGUAUUGAUGUCUUGGGCCCUGUUGCAUGGGUUGUUGGAGAGUAUGCAGAUUAUCUCCAAUCGCCCAAUCGAACCCUUCAGUCGUUGAUUGAUUCGUCUACUCUCUCCUUGCCUCCCAGCACACUUCAAUUGUUCUUGCAAGCUAUCCCCAAGGUUUUGAUCCGGGUGUAUCAAUCCUGCGAGACAAAAGACGCAUGGCGCAGUGAAAUUUCUCUUCUCCUCGCCCGGGUUCUGGAUUUCCUCGAUGCAUUAGCAGCCCAUCCUGACUUGGACGUGCAAGAGCGAGCUAUUGAAUUUCUGGAAGUCCUUCGCCUGGGGGCUGAAUCACUGCACUCUGAAACAGAGGGUGUCCCGUUCCUCCUUGCUUCCGUCAUUCCAAACUUAUUCGCGGGGUUGGAGCUUAACCCAGUUGCAGUCAGUGCUCAGAAGAGGGUAGUGUUGCCCCCCGAUCUCCAUCUGGAUGAAGCAUUCAGCAAUGAUCUGUCAGACCUUUUCCAGGCAUUUGGGAGCUCUCUGGCCGAAACAACCACACACCAUGUCGUUCAACAAUUUUACUACGUCGCCGAUACCACUCCACAUUCGUAUAAGCCCCCUCAAGAACAGCUGGGAUUGGCUGAAAUGCAAAUUGACACUUCUUACCAAAAAGGUCCCGGUGGGGUAAUGGAUUACCCAAGCAUUGCGGAUCGGAAAAAGGUCCAUCGGAGAGAGCGCUAUCGGGAUGAUCCCUUUUACAUUGCGCCGUUGGAUCCAUCUUCCGGCAUAUCCACGCCGCAUCAUGAUAUCCCCCAUGGAUCCAGUGAUGAUACAUUAGACAUUGACUUGAUCCCUAUCGUCAAUCUAAGAUUGGAUGAUGAAUCAAUCAGGAAAGGGGGUGUUAGUACACGACGGACACACUCUAGCGCAAAAAUGGAGGUUGCCACGGAUGAAACAUUUGGAUCUGAAGCAUCAGCACCCCUUGGCCACUCCCCCGGGGCCGUUGGAGGACCAGCUCUCAAGCGCUCAUUACUACAGGUUGACUCUAGCGGACUCGGGCAGCUUCGAUCGGAUGUGAAUGAUGGCCAGGGUGCCAAUCCGGCUGAGAGUGAAGAUGAUGAGAUGAGGAAAGCGAUGCAAAAUGUGGAGCAGAUGCGCUUGCGCAUGCAAAGGGUAUCGGAGCGAAUUGAGCUAGAGGGAACACCUGCUGAGGGCACUCUGGUAAAGAAGAAAAAGAAGAAGGGGAUAAAGGGCCAGGCUGCCGAUGGGUCUGGGGAGAUAAAGAAGAAGAAGAAGAGGAGGAAAGAAGCAGACGAGUGA